GAUUGGUGUUGGACUGGAUUGAACGUCUAACUUCUGAAGGUGACAUCAAAGUUUGUCGAUGGCAAUGCUGUUUCAAAUCGUCAGAACCUGCUCUCUGUUUGUAUUUCUGAUAUUCCUUGCACCUUCUCAAGGUCAAGGCCUUCAGUUUGGCAUGAACCAUUUUCCUGCGGGUGAGACCUAUUUUUCCUGUGGUAACUUAUCCUUUAAGUCACCAUUCCAGUCAUCCGACGUGCAUAUCCACACCACUCUGUUCAACAAGGAUCCCAAUGGGAACACCUAUGAAGCCGCGGUGAGUUGGGUCGAGGAUGUAACGCCAAUAGGAUUCAAGGCAUGCGCAGUAACUGCUGGCCUUUACCGAGAUAUGAAGACGUUGAUUGUCAACUGGAUGGCGUACGAACAGACUCCACAGGGAUCCCAGACUGGGCGUCAUAUGUUACGUAGCUUUGUGUCAGGAACUACUUGCGAGGAAGUCUUUUUUCCUUCGACUUUUGGAGGGAAACCAGAUGUAUACGCCACUGCGGUACAUAAUGGACAGAAAGAGGCUAACAGAGAUGCUGCUGCAAUAUGGGUAGAAGACGUUGGCCCUAAAUCAUUCAAAGUUUGUCUCCGAGAAUUGAAAAAUUUUAAUGGUGAACACGCAGCUAUUGAAGUGGACUGGAUGGCAAUGCUAAUAAAACCAGGAAACUGGAAAGCAAAAGAAAAGAAGAUGAUGAAAAUGUUAAACGAAGGUGUUCCACCAAAGGGGAGAAAGUACAGCUUUUGCAUGAUUAGUACCUUUGACUACAAGUUUUACGAGCCGCCUGUCAUCAUUACUUGCGCUUCUCAUACUUAUGAACCUGGUAACCCACGCUCAAUAUCACCAGCCACCAAUACCUUAUCAAACUGGAUAGAAAAAUUGGAUGUGAAUGGUUUUGAAGUUUGCAUGAAAGAUGGUCAAAAACUGCGAGGCAGGCACACUCCCCUCGAUAUUCAGUUUCUUGCUUUGGGAGAUCUGGAUCCAUGUCUGGAUGUAGUUUGUAGUUUCUACGGACAGUGCGUAGCCUUUGGUCCAUCUGAUGCUCGUUGUGUGUGUGAUUACCAGUGUCCUACAUACGAGAACAUGCUAUGUAGUUCAGCAGGCAUAACCUAUGACAAUGAGUGUCUCUUUCAAAGAUCCAUGUGCCAAAACAAACAGAAUAUACCUAUUGCACACUCUGGCAGUUGUAGACCAUUCAUUUUACAGCGUGGUCGGGCUCAGCUCCUACUCGAUAUCAUUGAUGUACAAUGUGUUGAAGUCACCUACAACGGCAGCUUAUGGUACUCUAAUUUACAAGUCCACGUCCUUGCAACGGUAAACCACGACACCGAGCACACGAGUGUCGUACACGACGCUAUCACCAACUGGGUCGAGAAAAUCAGCCACUCAAAAUUCACUGUAUGUGCACUUAAGGCUGGCAGGAAUGAGUAUGAAGGAACUGUCCCCACUAACUUUGGUAAGACUUUCAUCGACUGGAUUGCAUUCCAAGGAUCGCCCAAGGGAGGGGUGGUAGGGGAAGAAGUAAUGUCUGAUUGGUGGGAAGGAACAACUUGCAAGGCACUCAGUUUGCCAUUGGACAAGUUCUUCUCUUCACCUUCGGUGUUGUUGACCGCUGAACAUACUCGCAUUGGGCUCAAACACGAUGCAGCAACUCUAUGGACUGAGGAUGUCACAUCCAGCACCUUCAAAGUCUGCAUGAGAGAGUUGCAGGACUUCGAUGGCAUACAUAAGAAUAUCAAUGUGAACUGGAUGGCAUUUGAAGACUUACCAAGGAACCUAUUUUCUGAACGAAGUUCUUUGUUUUUUGAAAACGACCAGUUGCCUCUGGAUUCCGAUCGACAUGCUUACUGCAAGUCAGUAGAGUUCCGAACUGCAUACCGUAAUGUUCCAACUGUCUUGAUGAGUGCUACCCAUAAUUCCACCGUGACUGGGGCCAUGCCUCCCAAGCAUAACAGCAUUGCAUCAUGGAUAGAGAAUAUCAACCAUCUGGGCUUCAGAGUUUGCAUCAAGGAGCUUAACGACGAAGGAACCUACGACCCCGUUAAAAUAUUUUGGGUUGCUCUGCCAGAAUGCAACUUACCACUAGGUGUGUCCGAUCCUUUGGUCAUCCCAGACUCUGCUCUCACUGCUUCAUCGCAGCUCUCCUUGAAUACAGCUCCUAAAUUUGGUCGCCUAACAACCAACUACAAGACGAACCCCAUAUCCUGGUGCGCCGCCAGUAGUGUUGACCAGUGGUUACAAGUGGAUCUGGGACACCUACACGUCGUAUCAGCCGUGAAUACACAGGGUAGUUACGAUCAACGAGCAUGGGYGAAGACCUAUCAGCUUUCUUACAGCAAAGAUAACUUCACUUUUACGAUAUACAAAGAAAAUGGUCUAAUAAGGGUUUUUCAGGGCAAUUCAGACAGAUCUGCCGCCGUUCUCCGCACCUUCCAAGACCCAGUAGAAAUGCGCUUCUUGCGGUUCAUUCCGACAGGUUUUGAUAGGAACGUGUGUAUGAAAGUCGAAAUCUAUGGAUGUGAUACUGAGCCCAUUCACGUCAAAAUCCUAUCGGAAGGCUGUGAAGAUAGUCUAUCGAGGUGUGGUUUUUCGUCCAUUGAAGUGGAUGGUAUCGAAGGCAGUUUGCAGAAACGGGGUCACAACGUUGUUGCUUUGAAUCAAGAGGGGACAUUUCUACAGAAGGCGUCCUUCGACACGUAUGGAGACUUGCAAGCAGGGGCUAAGCUAGACGCCUUUAUAAAGGCCCUACCUAUGAACACCAUCGUUUUGAUAGCGGUCCAAGAUACCGGGGAUUCGUUUAUCGGGGAUGCGGAGGAUGCUCUUAGAAGCAUUUAUGCUGAAGCUCCGGUCCUUCCUUCUUACCGUGGUUCCUGGGCAUUAGUUGGCUUCAAAGGUAGUCCCAGGCCCUCCUGGAUUCGCCAGGUUUCUAACGAAAAAGGACUAGGCCCGUCUGUUAUUUCAGCAGUAAUUCCCUUAUAUGGAAAAUAAUUCUCCAGGAAAAGAUAUUAAAGC